AUGGAGGAGCAGCAGGCGCUGGUGGCCUCAAAGGACGGAGAUGUGGCCGCCUUGGAACAGCUGUUUGAGGCAGGUGCUCUAAGCCCAGGCAUCACUGAUAACUUGGGGGCUGGCCUGGUGCAUCAUGCCGCCCGGGCUGGCCAGCUGGACUGUGUCAAGUUCCUGGUACAGAGAGCCAAGCUGCCCGGCAACCAGCAGGCACACAACGGGGCCACGCCAGUGCACGACGCAGCGGCCACUGGCAACCUGGCAGAGCUGUGCUGGCUGGUCCGUGACGGGGGCUGCGGGCUGCAGGACCAAGAUGCCUCAGGUGUCUCUCCGCUGCACCUGGCUGCUCGGUUUGGACACCCGGCACUGGUGGAGUGGUUGCUACGUGAAGGCCACGCAGCCACACUGGAGACGCUGGAGGGGGCCUUGCCGCUGCACCACGCUGCCGUCAGCGGUGACCUAACCUGUCUGAAACUCCUGACAGCUGCCCACAGUGGAGGUGUGGACCAGCGGACGCGCAGCGGUGCCUCUCCACUCUACCUGGCCUGCCAGGAGGGUCACCUGCACCUGGCACAGUUCCUGGUGAAAGACUGUGGGGCCGACGUGCGCCUGCGAGCCCUGGAUGGCAUGAGCUCGCUGCACGCUGCUGCUGCCCGUGGCCACUACUCUCUAGUUGUCUGGCUGGUCACGUUCACAGACAUCGGCCUGACAGCACGGGAUAACGAAGGAGCCACUGCCCUGCACUUUGCGGCUCGGGGUGGCCACACACCAAUUCUUGACCGGCUCCUGCUCAUGGGCGCCCCCAUCAUGAGAGACUCCUGGGGAGGGACUCCUCUGCAUGAUGCAGCAGAGAAUGGACACAUAGAGUGCUGCCAGACCCUGCUCUCCCACCACGUAGACCCCUUCCUGCGGGAUGAAGAUGGGUACACAGCCAUGGACCUGGCCGAGUAUCACGGACACCAGGAUUGCGCCCAGUACCUGCGGGAAAUGUCUCGGCCGGUGCCAGUCCUGAUGACACCCCCGCCCCCACCAUUUCCACCUCCUCCACUGUUGGCUGCAAGGCUCUCCCUGGAAGAUGGAAGAAGAGAGGACUCAGGACUCAGGAGUCCCUCGCCUGUAACUCUCAGCCCAGACUGGCCUGGUCAGCCUGUCCCAAGGGAGCCAAUGGCCUGCACAGCCCCUCCGAGGGUCACAUCCAGUGUCCCCACUGCCCCUCAGGGGCCUGACGUGGAAGCCCAGGACCCUCAUGAUGGCCUGGCCGCUCUGCAGCUGGAUGGGUUGCCUUCAGGAGACCUGGACAUGCUGGUGCCCACCCAGGACGAGCGUGGCCGGCCCAUCCCUGAGUGGAAGCGGCAGGUGAUGGUUCGGAAGCUGCAGGCGCGCCUGGGUGCAGACUGUCCUCCAGAUCAGGAUGAGGGCCAGAGCCACAGCUCAGGCCGGAGCUCAGGCCCCACCCCCGCGGAGCAGGCGACUUGGAGGUAUUCCCAGACACACCAAGCCAUCCUGGGCCCCUUCGGGGAGCUGCUGACGGAGGACGACCUCAUCUACCUGGAGAAGCAGAUCAACGACCUGCAGCUCCGGCGCCGAUGCCAGGAGUAUGAGAGCGAGCUGGGCCGGCUGGCAGCGCAGCUGCAGGCCCUCCUGCCCGAGCCCCUGGUCAGCAUCACUGUCAACAGCCACUUUCUGCCUCGCGCUCAGGGGCUGGAAGACGAGGAAGCCCCGGUCCCGGUGCCUGAGCCGGAGGCCUCGGCGGAGCCCGGGAAGGCGGAGGCCAGCGCGCAGCCGCUGCCCUUCUGGUGCAGCCACAUAGGCCGCCUGGUGCGCAGCAUGUCCCUGCUGCUGAAGGGCAUGAACGGGCUGGCGCAGGGCGAGGAGAAGCCGCCCACCCCGGUCCGGCAGGACCCAGGCAAGGAGGCCGUGGCCUGCCCAACCCGGAGCGAGGCCCAGCGCGAGAUCCAAGAGUGCGGGGUGUCGGUGCGGACGCUGCGGGGGAACUUCGAGUCCGCCCCGGAUCUGCCCUGCACCUCCAGCUCGGGUCCCUGUGAGCUGGGGGCGCGGCCCGGCCAGUGUAUGCGAGGCUGCUGGUCGGUGCCGCCGCAGCCCCGAGGCGACCCAGGGGGCGGGGAGCCCAGGCCCGGCGACACGGAGGAGGCCAGCGACUCGGGCAUCAGCUGCGAGGAGGCCCCGUCGGAAGCUGGCGCGGGGCCGGGGCUGGACCUGGCCAGCCUGCGCAAGGAGCGCAUCGUCAUGCUGUUCCUCGGCCACUGGAAGAAGUCCGCCUACACGCCCGCGCUCAGGACGGCCGCCUGCAGGACCCUGGAGGCCCGGCGUGCGCGAGCCGAGGGCCCCGCGCCGGCCGGGGCCUCGCGGCCACCCUCCCCGCAGCCCGGCGGCGGCCCCCGGCUCGGCCACCUGUGGCAGCAGCGCGGCAUCAUCACCCACCUGCUGGGCACCUGGAAAGCCAUCAUGGCGCACGUGCCGGCCCGGCAGCUGCGGAGGCUGAGCCGCAGGGCGCGCGGGCCGCUGUCCCCCGAGCAGUUCCUGCCGCACGUGGACGGGGCACCCGUGCCCUACGACAGCCUCUCGCUGGACCUCUUCCUGCUCGGCUACUUCCAGCUCCUGGAAUGCGACCUGCCAGCCGAGGAGCGCAAGAUGCGCCACCUGCUGUGCUUCGAGGUCUUCGAGCACCUGGGCGCACAUGGCUGGGAGGCCGUGCGCGCCUUCCACAGGGCGGUGACCGACGAGGUGGCCGCGGGCCGCCGGGCCUGGACCGACGGCUUCGAAGACAUCAAAGCCCGCUUCUUCGGCUCCGUGUCCCACGGUCCCCCCUGGGAGGGGGAGCCCGGCCGCGAGCUCGGCCCCUCGCCCCAAGCUGCCCUCCCUGGCAGCGGCCCGAAGCCUGCGACUCCGAGGCCGGGGUCCGACUCCCAGCGGAGCAGCUUCAACAGUGGGGACAUCUGUGGCUACAUCGACCGCAGCUUCGCCUUUUGGAAGGAGAAAGAAGCCGAGAUGUUUAACUUCGGAGACUGACGGUUCAGCGGGUAGAAUGGGAUUCUGGGGAGGUUUGGGGUUCCUCUUCUUCGUUCUUUGCGCUCUCUGGGGGUCAGGUGAAGUGGGCGUGGUGAUGGCUGACUCCAGUCCGUCUUUACAGAGAUCGGAGAUGGGGUCCAUCUCUUCUGAGCAGUGACUUGAGGUCAAAACCUUUCUCGUUUGUGAACAUAGCCCGCAGGCCCUCAGCGGCCAUGUGGGUCGGAUGGUCCUACAGCCAAGUACCUGGUGUCCCAGCACUAGGACCCCAUGCCAGUCUUGCUUUCAGCAGUCACGUGACUGUCUCUCCUUUCAGUUUCCUCAUGCAGGUGCGCUCAGCUACACCAACAGCUUCUCUGCACUUCUCUUUGGGCCUAACCUGGGGCCUGCCUCUGCUUCUGCUUUUGUUUUCCUAGCAACCUAUCUGUAAAACCGGAGGGGGCUGUGCCUAGUGCGAACAGUCUCCCUGGCAGGAGGGCUUCUGUGGAGGAGACCCCGAAAGCCCCAAGGCAGACAAGUGGCCCUGCCUUGAUUCUCCUGCUGGUUAGUCAUGGUUGCCGCUGCCCAGUGCUAGCAGCAUCCUUCCUCGGGCACUGCCUGAUCCCUGAGGCUAGGCUCCCCAUCAGGCCUUUGUCUUCUAGCUGACCAGCUGGAGACAGUGGCAGGGCCACAGGAGGGCCCUAGGAGCAGGGGCACCAAGAAUGUCCACCAAGAGAUGAGGAGUCCUCAGAGCAGAAAGGCUGGUUCCCUCUGAAGGGAAACUGAGCUUCUGAAGCUGGGAGCAGCAAGGGCAGGACAUGCCAGGGGUGUUUGUGGGAGCAUGUGGGAGUCCCCCACAUAAUAGAGAAAGGAGGCCAAACACCCUUUCAGAUUCCAGGGACCAUAGCCUGGUGCUAGAGGGAGCCCCCAGACCACCGACUGCAAGAUAGGGCUCUAUUCCAGCUCCUGGUGACAGGCAGAAGAGCCACCACCCAGCUCGUGGGGCCCAGGAGAACAGGACUGGAACCCAUGGGGGACUUUGGGGUGGCUUUUUGAGGAAACUACAAUAGGCCCUAGAGGCAAAGGCACAGACAAUGGUUAAGAGUCUCCUGCGGUGUCCCUACCACUGGGGGGAGCAGCGAACCCUAACCUUGGACUUCUGGAUGAUGAUGCACAGGCUGUUGGCUGGAGCAGAGCCCGCAGACUCAAGACUCGGUAGGGGUCCCAUGGCAAGAGACCUCCAGGGAGCUAAAGCUGGCAUAGCUAAUGGGUGUUGGUGCUGGAAGAGCCACAGAGGGCAGGCCUCCAGCCCUGGCCCUCCCUGUGACCUGCUUUGGGGGGACUAGACCCUUAACUUCCUCGGCUUCUAGAGCU